UCACUGUCUGGGACACGAGACAAAAGAAGACAACGGUCGCCGAACAGCAGCUUCCAGCAGCGCUCGACGCUCUCCACAAUUCGCCAUGGAAGAAUCAAUGAUGUCUGAAGUGCCCCUGUCAGAGAUGUCAUUCAUGAGUGAGACGUCAACCGCGAGUGAGCUGGUGGCGGUGAGGGAAAGGAUGAUUCGAAGGUGGGGUACAUAGUAAUGGCACUUGUGCUACUCCUGCUUCUAAUCGGAUUCAUCUCUUUUAUUGCAUUUUCUGGAAGUUCAGAUGUGGAGCCGACUAGUGGGGAGGCCGAAGGCAGCGGUGGCAGCGGUGGCAGCGGUGGCAGCCAUGGUCGCGGCGGUGGCGGCGUUUUUGUCCCCCGCACGCCUCCCGCACUACCUCCGACCACGGAAGCAGCGUUAACAGACACUACUGAACUUGACCCUGGCGUCGCCAGCCCUACAUCACAAAAACCAGGCACAACGACACCAUCCUCAACAAUGCCAGCAUCACCGAAACCAUCAUCAACAACGCCAACCCCACCCCCUCCACCACGACCCCUUCCUCCUCCACCUCCUCCACCAUCUCUGCCGCCCGCACCUGCACCCCCACCUCCGCCACCCCCUCCUCCUCCAACUACCACUCUUCCUCCGGUAAAACAGACCCUGCUGUCUUGCACGGUCGGGCACCAGGCCGUGAUCAAGGAUUCGGUGCCCCCCGAUGGAACAUGCGACAGCAUAUUCUACACGGACGUCUUCUUCAACAACAAGAACUACAAGAUCGAACCAUUGUACAGUGACACCGCCUUCAAGGUGGUCCGGUCCGCCGCAGCGACAUACUCGAAGACAACGUUCGGAACUUCGAUGUAUCCGGGAACCAUCGGUGAAUUGGUACGCACCAAACAGCAGGAUAUUGAGAGCGCCAUGACCAAGCUCUUCAACGACAACUUCGUGCACUUCGGCAUGCUGAAUGUGGAUAAUAUAGAGGACUACGACAAACUCAAAGAUGGCCCACUUCAGUACUUGAAGAUUGUGGGAGAUUUCCUAACUACACCUGGCCACCACUGCGCCUUGGGAGUAGGACUCGUCGAUGGAAAACUAGGUACACUUAUCCUGGACAAGGCCAAACUAGCCACCGAACAUUUCCCCAAGAUAACCAUGAUGGUCAUCAAAGUACACACGGAAAGAGCCGAAAACCUUGGACGGCUGUACCCUAUUGCACCAAACCCCGAUUCUGUGAACACAGCCAAUUACAUCACGCUGUCACUGCCGUUACUGGGCACGAAGGUAAAGCAGCGACUGCAAGAACUGACCGAGAGUGGCCGGCGUUACGCCCUGCUAUCGUUCGCCAUGUUCGCGCGGACGUACCGUAUGCCGAAGAGGUGGACUAAUGCCGGCGAUAGAAACACCACCGCUCAAAAAGGCGCCAUCAUGGAAUACCGGAUGGUAUGCGGGUACAGCAACAUUGCCAACGAGCUCCAGUACAAGGGUUCGUCAUACGUGGCGAACACGACCAACAAGUUUUUGGCAAUUUUCGACACCACCAAGAAUGUAAAAGACAUGAUCGGCUUACGCAAGAAAUACGAAAUGCCAGCCAAAUUCGGGGGCAUAAUGGCUUAUCGAGCGGACAUGGACGAUUACGCCGGCAGCUGCGGCGAGGGAGUGUUCCCUCGACUCAAAGUCCUCAAGAGCGAGCUGUUGAAGUGACGUAGCGCUUUCAUUCGCUCACCAGGUUGGCAGCUCCAAGGUGGCGGUCACCACAUGAGCUCGCUUUGUUGCUGGACAAGGCGUGAACUCAGUCCUGAUAUCUCAGAGGAUCACGAAGCAACCGAAUAGAAAAUGUCGGUUUGUCUGCUUGUUUCUUGCUCUUCCUUCUUCAACGUAUAUAAAAAAUGGUAUUUUUCGAUGUA